AUGUCAACUUCAGGAAGCCCUCUUAGAAGAAAUAACUCCUCACCGAUCAUUGGGCAGGCAAAGAAGAAAGCCCAUGAUAAUGGAUUUCCAGAGUCCCUUGCUCGAAAAUCUAUUUCGUCUUCACGCCCACCAAAGGGAUUAACUGGAGAGAGAACAGUAAAAUCACUUAGGCUUUCAAAGGCCUUGACAGUACCUGAAACAACAUCUAUAUAUGAAGCUUGCCGUCUGAUGGCUGCCCGUAAAGUUGUUGCGCUCUUACUAACAGAUUCUAAUGCUCUACUUUGUGGAAUCCUCACGGACACGGAUAUAGCAAAAAGAGUUAUUGCUCGUGAGAUUAAUCUCGAAGACACGCCUGUUUCCAAGGUUAUGACAAAGAAUCCAACGUUUGUCCUCGCUGAUACUCUUGCUGUGGAAGCCCUCCAAAAGAUGGUGCAAGGGAGAUUCCGACAUUUACCAGUGGUGAACAACGGGGAGGUUAUCGCUUUACUUGACAUAGCAAAAUGUUUGUAUGACGCUAUUGCUCGAUUGGAGAGGGCAUCCGAGAAAGGAAAAGCAAUCGCAGCAGCUGUUGAAGGUAUCGAAAAACAAUGGGGAACACCGGCUUCUGGCUCCAAUGCAUUCAUUGAGACGCUUAAGGAGAGAAUAUUCAGACCAUCAUUGUCUACAAUCAUCCCUGAGUUUCCAAAGCUCGUAAGAGUUUCACCAACAGAGUCAGUUUUGAAAACAACAAAGAGGAUGCUUGAACAUGGUGCAAGCGCUGCAAUUGUAACAGUUGACAACAAACCUCGUGGAAUCCUCACCUCAAGGGAUAUCUUGAUGCGGGUAAUUGCACAACAUCUGCCCCCCGAGUCAGCCCUUGUUGAGACGGUCAUGACCCCAAAUCCAGAAUGUGCAACAGUCGAUACACCAAUUGUUGAUGCACUUCACACUAUGCAUGAUGGAAAAGUUUUACAUCUUCCGGUGCUUUAUAGAGAUGGCAGUAUAGUUGCUGUGGUCGAUGUGCUUCACAUCACUCAUUUUGCCAUUGCAACGGUGGGAAAUACCACUAAUUUAAACAACGAGGCAGCCAGCUCAAUAAUUCAAAACUUUUGGGAAUCCACCAUGGCCUUAACUUCGAAUAUUGACGAUGAUGAUGAUGAGUCACGAAGUUCCUUGAAGAUGACUUCUGAGGCUGGCGAAAUUGGGAGAUCUACUGGGCAAGCCUCGACCAGGAUGCCAAAUGCAUUUUCCUUCAAGUUUCAAGAUAAGAAAGGCCGAAAACAUAGAUUUACUUGCGAUACUGUGAGCUUGGUAGAGAUUAUGACUUCAAUCAUCCAGAGAGCCAAUGACAUUGACCCACGUUACAUGCCCCUAAUUCUGUACGAGGAUGAAGAUCAUGAUCACAUUGUAAUGGCUUCAGACAAUGAUCUUGCUUCUGCCGUGGACCAUGCAAGGAUGGCUGGUCUUAAGGCCCUGAUGUUGCAUUUAGACUACUCAGAAGUACCAAGUGUUGGGAGAAAAAACAGCGCGGGAAGUCUGGAUUAUGCUCAUUCUUCACAUAGGUGGAACUCAACAUAUGGUGCCAUAACCGCUGGAGCUGCAAUUCUUGCUGUCUUGUGCGUGGUUACAUACUUGACAUUAGACGGCAGCGACAAUUUUUUGACUCCAAACUCUAAACUGAGGUUCAGACAAAGCCUUGAAAAAGAAAACAAGAAGAAUUCCAAGCAAUACAAGGAAUUUGAAAUAUUCUGA